AGAAUAAUCAAAAUGAAUGACAGAAAAGGUACGGAAGGACUUGAUGUUUGCAAGUUACGGACUUUAGUCAAGUCCUACAUCGAUAAACAUCAAUAUGAAAGUGCACAUUUCUGGGCGGACAAACUUGUGUCGUUAUCAGACGCGGACGUAGUUGAUGUUUAUUGGUUAGCGCAGACUCUUUAUCUGACGGGACAAUAUCAUCGGGCAGCUCAUCUACUUCAGAGUAAGAAACUAGACAAGGCCAGCAAGGCGUGUCAGUUCCUGACGGCAAAAUGUCAUGCAGCCGUCAAGGAAUGGGAAGAUGCUUUGAACAUCUUGGAGAUGUCUGACAGCUCAGUCAAGACGCCAGGGAAAAACAAAGAUGAGGACAUAUUCACAGAUAGCAGCGACACGGAAGGAAUCCCACUCCAAAAUGUCGAGAGCUCAAUCUGUUUACUACGAGGUCAGAUUUACGAAGCCAUGGAGAACAGAGUCCUGGCUGCUGAAAACUACCGUAGGGCGUUACAGAAAGACCCGUACUGCUUCGAAGCGUUUGAGUUGUUGGUCAAACAUCAGAUGUUGACGGCUAGUGAAGAAAGAUCUUUGUUAGAUUCACUUCCGCUGACCAAGAAUUGCCGACUUGCGGAAAUGGAGGUGGUGAAAAGUGUAUAUGAGACUAUCCUGAAGAAGUAUGACAAGCCAUCAGAGUCCACGUUACCCGUUUGUCUUGAGCCUUUAAAGGACAACAUGGAGGUAGUUACAGCGCUAGCAGAGAGGCAUUACUACAAUUGUGACUUUAGGACGUCACACAAGAUCACAUCAGAAGUUUUAAGUAAAGACCCCUAUCAUGGGUCGUGUCUACCCCUGCACAUCGCUACACUAGUAGAGCUCCGGAAAUCUAACGAUUUAUUUUAUCUGGCCCACAAAUUGGUUGAUUUAUACCCAAGUAAGCCAAUCUCAUGGUUUGCCGUCGGCUGUUAUUAUUACUUAGUCGGCAAGAAUGACUCAGCACGAAGAUUCUUCAGUAAAGCAACAACACUAGACAGGUUGUAUGGCCCCGCCUGGCUAGCCUUUGGUCACUCAUUUGCCGCAGAGGGAGAGCAUGACCAGGCUAUGGCAGCUUACUUCACUGCAUCACAGCUCAUGAAAGGAUGUCAUCUUCCGCUCCUGUUUGUGGGUCUGGAGUACGGACUGACCAAAAACUUCAAACUGGCGGAGAAGUUUUUUGAUCAGGCGUUGGCGAUUGCUCCAAGCGAUCCGUUUGUCCUUCAUGAGAUGGGGGUUGUUGAAUUCCACAACGGAGAUUGGGAUGAAGCGGAGAAGUACUUCAUGAAAGCUUUGAGUAUCGUUCAGACUAUGGGAACUCAUGAUCUUCCUGAGAAGUGGGAACCUUUACUCAAUAACCUCGGACACGUCAGCAGGAAACUCAAAAAGUACGAUCAAUCGUUGGAUUACCAUCGGCAGGCUUUGGUUCUCUGCCCUCACAGUCCAUCGUCAUUCUCUGCUAUUGGUUAUGUUCAUACUCUAAUGGGAGACUUUAGUACGGCCAUUGAUUACUUCCACAAGGCUUUGGGCGUCGGUAGACGGUACGUCUUCUCAGAAACAAUGCUGGCCAGAGCUAUUGAACAAUACAUCUUAGAAACAUCACCAAGUGAUGGAGGCAGUAUUGACAUGUCUGAACUGGUCACACCAACUGCUCCUAAAGAAGAGAUGAUGAUGACAAAGGAUGACACCUCCUCAAGUCUCGACAUUGAGGUUGAGAUGGAAGAUAACGACUGAUGACGUCAUCAUGACAUCAUCUAGUUGAAUAAUGUUCCCUGGAACUGUAAGCCUUACCCUCAUACUGUCUGACUUCACUGUUAUCCACUAUGGUUUUGAAUGAUAGAUAAACUAUGCUAGCCUGUAAUAUGAUAUCAUGUGGUGAACGCAUCUACACAGUACACAGUUAACCCUCCUACUGACUGACCGUUUAACAAUAUCCACUGAUUAACUACACCAGCUUGCAGUUUGUCAUGUGGUAGAUGCGCCACACAGAACACAGUCAAUCCUACCACUGUCUGACCUUCCAAUACAAUCCGCUGUGUUUUGAAUGAUAGAUCGACUAUUCCAGGCUGCAGUAUGAUAUCAUGUGGUAAAUACAUCUAUACAGUAGACGGUCAACCCUCCCACUGUCUGACCAUUUAAUAUCAUCCAGUACUCUUAAAAUAUAAUAUUAAACUGUGCCAGCCUGCAUGCGGUGAAUGCAUCUACAAACGGCCGGCCAACCCUCCUAUUGUCUGACUGUUAAUCUGCCGAAUAAAUACUAAUAACAAUAUUAUUCACUAAUUUUGAAGUGUAGAUAAACUACACCAGCCUGCGAUGUGAUAUCGAACAAUCAGUUUCCAUCAGGUUUCAUGAAAUGCAUUGUGUAUAAAAAAAAAUCGAAUUAAUUUGGAAAUAACCAACGAUGGAUGAGUUUAAUUAGAAGAACAGAUUGUAUUUCCAUCAUCGCGAGGUACUCUGUUGCCAUGGUGAUGAUGCACGAUAAUAAAGAAAACUAUCGUUUAUAAUUAACUAGCUUCAGAUCUUUAAAACAUGCUAAAUGAAAGCUUCAGCGUCUACUCAUUGUGUAAUAAAAGUUUCUUUGAUUGAAGGUAUUUAACAGGAUUGGUAAAAAUAUAAAACAUUGUUUUAUUAAUAUUAGCCGGAAAGCUUUCAAGUAUGAAGUUAAAGGGAAGGUACACGUUUGGUAAUUGUCAAAAACCAGUCUUCUCACUUGGUGUAUCCCAUCAUAAGCAUA